UCGAAUUGCCGCCGAUGUUGCUUAACGCUCUUCAUUGAUAUUCCACCAAAGUGAUAAAGUGAUAAAUUGCUUGAGUGAUAAAUAUCAGUAAUUUGGUCCUGAAAUGGAUCACAAUUCCGGCCCAGAAGAUGAAAUUCAACGUGAAGUUGCGUUGCGGCGCGAAGAGGAAGAUUUCACCGACCCGGAUGUACACGAGACUGAACGACAAAUUGCCAAAGAAAUCGCUGCUAUGGACGCGGUGUCAAAUUUGGGGGAACAAAUUGAAAGCGAGUGGGAAGCGAGAAAUAGUGUCGCGAUCGCACAAUGGGACGAAGACGAAAGUACUGCUGUUGAUGUUCACGCUGGUGCGUGGAAUGUUCUUGCCGAUUUUCGUCCUUCGGAAUCAUAUCCGGAUAAUUCACAUAGACUUGCCGAAUUGGAUCGACAUACCAACGACAAGAAUGUUGUUGGACGUAUGCAGGUGGAAGUAGAAUCAAACGAAUCGUUUGCCAUCGAAAAGAAAUUCUGGAAAUCCAGUGACGGCAGUCAAGUUAUAAGUCGAUCGGAACUGGUACGACUAAGAUUAACACUCGACGAAAAAAUUGAAGAGGUUGAACGGCGCGAAGUCGUUCUGAGAGAUGGAAUUCGAAUGGGCGAAGAUCCAGCAAUGCUUCGUACCUGUUUCGCAACUUUAAAGGAGUCGUACCAAGCGAAAGAGGCAGCAGAAACCAGGUACGAAGAAUUUCUGCCUAAAUUCCUUCGGCCUGAAGAUGCCGAAGAAAUUUUUGCACGUGAACGUGAAUAAUAUUAUGGUCACAAAUUAUGUACAACAACAACAACAACAGACAAUUAUGUACAACAACAACAACAGAAAAUAAACUAAGUCACAUCAGUCAAAAUUGUGCAGUUCGUUUUUGUCUUUUGUUACAUGAAGAAUUGCAGGCAGCUGGAGU